AUGGCCCCCGGCAUCUGCGGAUCGCGAUUUUACGUCGGCGAGAAAGGCGAUCCGCGGAGAGAAGGAACCAUCGGAGGGAUCCUCUUCAUUAACGGCAUCCAUUACGGUCUGGCUGUUCUCCGCCCUUUUCUCAUUGACCCAGACCAGAAUGACGUCUACAGAGAGCCGAAGACUCCAGUGGUAGAUGAGCGGAGCGAGGAAGCCCUCUUCGCGCCCAUUUCCAGUGUUUCCUCCCACCAGUCGUACCACAUCAGCUGCCCAGACUUAUACUCGUUCUUCGCAAUCGAGGCUUACGAGUACCACACCGGCCAGCGGAUUGGGGUAAUCCCCCAAGUGCCAGGCUCCUUCGCGCCAAAUCCGCGAUACUGGCAUUGUGAUGGUAAUUGGGUCCUAGUCCAGCUCGACCGCCAAGCGGUGCACCUUGAGAACACGACGCGUUUACACUAUAUCUCGUCUGGUAUUAUCCCCGAAGGCCGAUUGCGAGUGACACUCCAUCACCAUCUGCUGAGGACUGAGACUCGCAAGCUCAAAGCGAUUGACGUGCAACCCGUCGGCCGCAUGUAUGCCCUGUCCUCAUCAGGAAGAAAAGCAGACAGCGGGGCCUGGAUCAUCGAUACGGGCAACAUGUCGGUUUAUGCCGUCAUGUUUGGCUGUGAUGGGAAGAAGACCUAUGCCCGGCCAGCCUUCGCGGUCUUUGCGGAGAUUAUCAAUCGCUUCAAGGAAGAGCCGCCGCUGAUCACGAUGAGGUUGUCGGAGUCUCUGAUUGGCUAUAGGAAGACUUGGCACAAGGAGACAUGUGACUUGAUUUCUGCUACUAUUUACCGCGUCAGCCAGCUCGGGCCGGUUUGGGGGGGGUUGAGGUGCUUAUAUAGACUUAAUCUCUCAAGUAUUAUGGUUAUUGCGAUAUUUAGCUUUGGAAACUAG